GGUCCUGUGGGUCAGUCAAUGAAGCUUCACUGAGAGAGAAAGUCAUCAGCUCACAGCAGACAGGGAAAAAUCCCUUGAGCACAGAGGAGAGACGGGGGGGAAAAGGAGCGGUAAAUGUCAUCACCUCUGUGGGAUCUGAUUGAAGUGACAGCAGUUGACAGAGAUCUCUUUCACCUGCAGCUCAAGUGCUACUAAUCUGUUCAUCUUUGGAAACAACCAGCUUUAAUUCGACCAAACUAACGGCUUCAAUCAGCUCAAGUUUCCUGAGCAGUCCAGCAUCUUUCCCUUGUUUCCUUCUUUUUCCUAAACAACCUGAGUAGGAAUUUUUCCUGCUCUGACCCCAGCGAUGUUUCCCUUCAUCCCCUCCCUCCUCCUCAUCCUCCUCCUGGCUGCACCCGCCCUCCUGACCACAUCAACCUCCCACGAGUUACAGGUCAGAGGUCAAAGGACGCCGAGGGAUGCCAAGCAGGACUCCAUCAAGGUGGUGAUCUCAGAGGGCUGUGCCAAUCAGGGGGAUUCAUCUGAUGUCAGCCAGGGAGGUAAAGAAAUCGACCUGACUCCUGGUUCUCCUCUAGUCCUGACUCAUAAGAUCAAACUGGUUCCAUCAGGUUCAGGUUUAGGAGCUGGGUCUUGUGGUUGCGAGGCGGACUUUGCUGCCCUGCGGGAGCGACUAGAAAGGCUGGAGAGGGAGGUGUCGUCCCUUAGGGAGAAAUGUGGAGGAGCUGAAGGAGGCUGCUGCACCUCGAAGGAGAGCAAAGGUGCAGGUUGCUCCAUCAAACCAGGUUUGGACAGGUGUCCCAACGAGUGCAGCGAUCAGGGUCGUUGCGUCGACGGAAAGUGUGUCUGCUUCACUGGUUUUAGUGGACCGGACUGCAGCAUGUCCAACUGUCCUGGAAACUGCAACGACAAUGGACGGUGUGUGAAUGGACAGUGUGUGUGUGACCCUGUUUUCACCGGUCCAGACUGCUCACAGAGAGGCUGCCCCGACAACUGCAACAACCAUGGCAGGUGUGUGAAUGGAGAGUGUGUGUGCAAUCCUGGGUUCACCGGUCCUGACUGCUCGCAAAGAGGCUGCCCUGACAACUGCAACAACCGCGGCAGGUGUGUGAAUGGCAGGUGUGUGUGUGACACAGGCUUCGCUGGUCCCAGCUGCUCAGACCAGUCCUGUCCUGGGAACUGCAACAACAGGGGGCGCUGCGUAAAUGGACAAUGUGUGUGCAAUCCUGGGUUCACCGGCCCCGACUGCUCGAAGAAGGCAUGUCCAAACAACUGCAGUGACCGUGGACGCUGUAUGAACGGUAAAUGUGUGUGUGACAGCGGGUUCACUGGUGCUGACUGCUCUGCAGAUUCGUGCCCAGGAAACUGCAACAAAAGGGGGCGCUGCAUCAACGGACAGUGUGUGUGUAAUCCUGGAUUCACCGGACCUGACUGCUCAAAGAGGGCGUGUCCUGAUGACUGCAAUGACCGUGGCAGGUGUGUGAAUGGUAAAUGUGUGUGUGACAGCGGCUUCACCGGUGCAGACUGCUCUGAGACCACCUGUCCUGGAAACUGCAACAACAGGGGGCGCUGCAUAAACGGAGAGUGCAUUUGUGAUGAUGAAUUCAGUGGACCCGACUGCUCUGAAAGAACAUGCCCUAAUGACUGCAGCGACCAAGGCAGAUGUGUGAACGGUAAAUGUGUGUGUGACAGCGGCUUCACUGGUGCAGACUGCUCUGAGACCACCUGUCCUGGAAACUGCAACAACAGGGGGCGCUGCAUAAACGGAGAGUGCAUUUGUGAUGAUGAAUUCAGUGGACCCGACUGCUCUGAAAGAACAUGCCCUAAUGACUGCAGCGACCAAGGCAGGUGUGUGAACGGUAAAUGUGUGUGUGACAGCGGCUUCACCGGUGAUGAUUGCUCUGAGAAAUCCUGCCCGGGAAACUGCAACAACAGGGGGCGCUGCGUUAAUGGACAGUGCGUUUGCGAGGAUGGAUUCACCGGAGCAGACUGCUCUGGAAAAGCUUGUCCCAACAACUGCAGUAACCGUGGGAGAUGUGUGAAUGGGAAGUGUGUUUGCGAUGUGGGCUUUGCUGGGCCGGACUGUGCCGCCAAAGGUUGCCCCAACAACUGCAACAACAAAGGGAGGUGUGUCAAAGGAAGAUGUGUCUGCCGGCGAGGGUUCACUGGACCGGACUGCAGCCAGUGUGAGAGCGGCAUGACUGGACCAAACUGUGACACCGUCAUGUCUGGGGUUUCUCAGCUGAGCACCAGAGACAUCACAGAGACAUCCGUCACUCUGUUCUGGACUGCACCUCGUGUCCAGUAUGACACCUACUACAUCACUUUCACCAGCCAGAAGGAGAGUGACCAGCAGAUCAAUGUGCAGGUGGAGGGCAGCCUGACCACCUUCACCCAGACGGGCCUAGCAGCUGGUCAGGAUUACACCGCCAGCAUCACCGGAGAGAUCGACGGCAGGAGAGGAGCCGAGAGCUCCACUGAAUUCAUGACCCUCAUCUCCGGUCCCACUAACCUCCGAGCCGUCAAGACGACCUCCACAUCUGCAGUGGUCCAGUGGGAGCAGUCACAGGGUGAGAUUCACAAGUACCGUUUGACCGUAACGCCCAAUGACAGAGCAGGAAAGAGUCAAGAAAUGAUCAUCCCAGCUGGCCAAGACUCCGCCCACAUCCAGCAGCUGGAAGCGGGGCGUUUGUAUGACAUCAUACUGGUAGCGGAGAAGGGCACGAGUCAGAGUAAACCAGCAACCACCCAGGUUACUCCAGGCCCGGAGCCUCCGACAGACAUUGUCUUCAGCGAAGUGACAGAUAACUCUCUGACGGUGUCGUGGACCAAACCUAAGACUCCCAUCAGUGGUUUCAAGGUCACCUACACCCACACAGAGGAGGCUGCCAGUGUUGCUGCUUCUGCUGCUGCUCGUGCUGCUACUGCAGCUUCUGUUGCUGCCUCUGCCACCGCUGAUGAAUCUGGUAAUUGCGCCUCUAUUGCUGCUAGUGCUGCUGCGUCUGCUGCAUCUGCUGCGUUUCUGGCUGCUAGUGCUGCCAGUGAUGCUGGUACUUCUCCUGCUGCAGCUAAUGUGGCAGCUCUAGCUGCUACCUGA